GUAUUUUUCAACGCGGCCUUAUAAUUUGACUGAGACUGAAAAACUCGUGUGUUUACACGUGGGUUCAUAUUUUACAAAAUUUAAAUAACAAAGAAAAAUGAAAUCUGAAAGCGGUGAAACAAUGACUGAGGAACAAGAGAGAACUUUGUAUGUUAGGUUGCCACAUACAAUUCAUAACAUAGACGAAGUGCGCGAUUUGUUUGCCGGAGAUUUCAAAGUAAAGUUGCCUCGACAGUCCGGACGACACUGUCAUGUGAUAUUCUCAAGUGUCGAUGAGAAAGUUAAAAAUUUAAAGGGUAUCAAAGAUAAAUUGAUAAAUAAUAAACGUAUUGUCGCUUAUCCGCCACGAAUUAAGCCGCCGAAAACUCCGAAAAUUAAACCAGACAAGAAAGUCGUUGUCCCUGUACCCAAGAAGCCCGAGAAGAAACUCACGAGAAUUUUAUUUGUAUGCAAUAUUAAUCCGAGGUCGAAAAUCCACGAAGUUGAAGGAGUUUUUGAAGGAGUGAGAACUAGUGCUUUCAUCAAAAGCAGAAUAAAGGGCAGCAAACAAGCAAUUAUAAAACUUGAAGAUGCUAAAGUCGCUGCUGAGUAUUUGACAAAAGAACGUCCGGCGCCUAUUUUACAUGGCAAUAAACUAGUGAUAAAGUCGGACACUAGAAAACAAAAAAAGAGUAAAAAGCCUGGACUAAAAAUGUUGGACGGUGGAGUCGAUAUUACGGAUAAGGUGGCAUUCGAGGACAAGACAGGAGUUAAAACAAAAAAGAAGAAUAAGAAGACUAAAGAAGAUAAAGUUGAAGAGACGGAUUGUGUCGAUAGCGAAGAAGCGAACGCGGAAUCGGGGCUCAAGGUGUGGGAUGGCGAUGAUGAUAUUACUGACAAGGUCGAGUUCAAAGAUAAACCCCCGGUUAAAAAGGGUAAGAACAAAAAAGUUAAAAAAGAUGCGAGUUUGUGAAGAUUAUAUCGAUAGGAAAUUAUGUAAUACAACUUUUAUUAUUUAUAAUAAAUUUUAAAAAAUUGUAAAUAGA